AUGUCAAAUGGAGAGGAGCUCGUGGAUCUUGGUGGAGAGCCCGAAGAGAAGGGGGAGGCUCUGGGAGUAGGUGUAGAGGCGCCAUGGGCACCCAUUCUGAAGCAACUUGUAGGCGAAGGAGUGGGGAGAGAAGAGGUUCCUGCUGCUAGACGUGCUGGGGAGUGCGAGGAGGAGGCAUUAGGCGCCCAGGCUAUGACGACCCCAAUUUUGGUGUAUGGGCUUGCCUCGGACAUCGCUAGUGUGCUUGUUGGGGGACGUGCUAUGGAGAGGCUAGUAGGCCAGGAGAGAAAUAAGGCACCAGGCCUCGAGAGAAGAAGGGCAGCGGCGGUGAGUGACCGGGCUGCCCUUGGUUCUCUUUUUAUGGUUUUGGUAUUGGGGAACGUGGGUCCUUCGGUUGACCCAUGUUCGGUGCCUAUAAAGGAUGUUAUUUUUUUGGUUUUGUUUGGUUAUUUUGGUUAA